AGUCACGUUCAGUUGGUUGCGAAGAAGCUCGCGUUCAAAAAACCAAAUCAAAUCAAAUAACACCAAUCAGAUACAUUUUCAGUGCGCCCAACGGCAAACGUACAAUUAGUGAUUGGAACUGCAAGCUAUAUUGAAUAUACAAAUAUUUUUUUGAGUGAUCAACUUAGUGUGAUUGAAAGGCAAGUGAUAAGCGAGAAUCGCAAAGAUGCGGCCAUUUGGCAACGAUAUAACAAACUUCCCGGCCAAUUCAAAUGGCGGUGGUGGUGGUAAUGGCAACAACGAUCCCAAUGAUGGAAAUGACAACCGGAAUAAUGGUGGCAAUAGCUCCAGUAACACCAGCGAGGAUUCGGAGGAGCAAACAUAUCCGGAGGAUCCCAAUAUUCCAGCGCAUAUAGCGAGAAUCGGUGGCAUAGUCACUUGUCCUCCGAUCGCCGGACAGGGAGUUAUCCGAGUGGUUCAGCGGUGCGAGGACGCCAAGGAGAACCGCAAACUGAAUCUUUCAAGCUGUGAACUGAUGCAAAUACCCGAUGCGGUAUACCAUCUUAUGCGUAACACAGAGUUGCAGACCUGCAAUCUGAGUGGCAACGUUCUCAAAAGCGUUUCCCCAAAGUUUUCACAAAAGUUUAGCCUUAUAACAGAUCUUAAUCUAUCACACAAUAAGCUUUCGAGGCUGCCAGAGGAGUUCGCCAACUUGACGUUGUUGGCCAGGCUGAAUAUCUCAAACAAUUCAUUCAUCGUUCUGCCACAGGUCGUCUUCAAGCUAAAGAGUCUCGCCAGUCUGGAUGCCCAGCACAAUGCUAUCUUAGAGGUCGAUACGGAAGAGGCUAUAACCAGCGAGUGCCUGUCCUUGGUGGACCUUCGUCACAAUCCGCUGAGCAGAAACUGCCGGCGAAAGCUGCAAGACUUCAAAACCUCGUUUCUUCUGGAGAUUUCACAGGAGGAGGAGGACGACUGGUAGAACUGAUGAUAUAGAUGUAUAUUUCCUGCACGCCAAAAACACAAAUCUCUCGUUAUCUCGGAAGUGAGUGCUGAAAGCCGCCCUCCUUCACCUUAUUUAUUCUGUUUAUAAAUUUAUAUAUUUAUCAAAAAAAAAUACAAAACUCCUAAAAAAUAUACGUGAAAUUUACGUGAAA